AUGGGAACCCGGGCAUUUUCCCAUGACAGUAUUUUUAUCCCUGAUGGGGGAGCAGAGAGUGAGCAGACAGUUCAAGCAGUGUCACAAGACAACAUUCUGGGCAAAGUCAAAACUCUUCAGCAACAGUUGGGCAAGAACAUCAAGUUUGGACAGCCUCCACCCAAUGCCAUUCCCAUGAAGAAGGCAGACAGCGGUGAGGCUAGCUUAGAAGAAGAUCUGUUCCUGACCAGUCCCAUGGAAAUUGUGACUCAACAAGACAUCAUCCUCUCAGACGUGGAAAACAAAUCCAGUGAUACGCCAAGUUCUCUCAGUCCUUUGAAUCUCUCUGGAGCUGGAAGUGAGAUGGAAGAGAAGGUUGCUCCAGUUAAACCGUCUCGGCCAAAAAGGCACUUCUCCUCUGCUGGCACCAUCGAAAGUGUCAAUCUAGAUGCCAUUCCCCUGGCCAUUGCUCGCCUGGACAACAGUGCUGCCAAGCACAAACUGGCUGUUAAGCCAAAAAAACAGAGGGUGUCCAAAAAGCACAGACGACUUGCUUUGGAUCAACAAAAUGAGCAAGGUGGCCUGGAGAGCCAGCUGUCCCUGGACCAGAAUGGACACCCCAGAGAAGACAAGCAGAUUUGGCUUGAAGAGGAACCAGAGCCCGUGGACUCGGAGGAAGAGAAACGUCGCCAAGAAGAAUACUGGCAAGAACUUGAGGCCAAGUGCAAACGACAAAAGGCCGAGGCAGCAGAGAGGAGACGCCUAGAAGAGCAGAGACAGCAAGCCUUGGAGCGAAGGCUGUGGGAAGAGAACCGAAGGCAGGAGCUCGCGGAGGAGGAGAGAGAAGAGAGAGAGGGCAAGGAGCAAGAACCUUCACUAGAGGCAGAGAUUAGGCAUCCAGAAGAGGAGACUCGGUGGUGUGCAGAGCUGGGUGGCCCAGACCCAGAGGGGAGGGAGCAAGAGGACAAGGAACUCCUAGGGGCUGAGGAGCAGCUGGAGGAGCUGGAAGCUCAGAGAAGGCAGGAAGAGGAGGAAAGGAGGCUAGAGGAGUUCAGACAGCAGGAGAGGGAGGAGCGGGAAAGACAGGAGGAAGAGGAAAAGCGGAUGGAGGAGCUUAAAAAGCAGGAGGAUCUGGAGGCACAGAAGAGGCAGCAGGAGGAGACAGAGACAAGGACACAGGAAGAGCUCAGAAAGCAGAAGGAAGUGGAAUUCCAGAGGAGGCAAGAUGCUGAAAAGAAGUACCAGGAAGCUCUGCAGAGACGAAGUGGAGAGAGGCCACUGGGACCGGAAGGACAAAUGGAUCCGUGGAGCACACUUCAGAAGGACUUUGAAGAGAAACCAGGAGAACAAGAAAACGUGAAGCCCAAAAAGCAAAGAGAAAGCUCUGAAGAGCUAAGCUUAGCCAAGGAGCUAAGCCCAGAAGCCAUGCCAUCCAUAGAGCAGCAGGGGAAGAAGGGGCAUGUUCAUGGGGAAGAACAUCACUCACUUCCUGAAAAGAGAGAAGAAGCUAAGCCAGAACCUCCCCUGAACAAAGAGGGACAGAGGGAAGAAAUGCUGGCUCCAGUGGAGAAGAGACAAACGGUCACUCCAGAAGCAAACCGGAAGGUGGAAGAGCUAAGGUGGCAGGAAGUGGAUGAGAGACAGACCAUGCCCAGGCCCUACACGUUCCAGGUGUCCUCAGGAGGGAAGCAAAUCCUUUUCCCCAAAGUCAACUUGAGCCCAGUGACUCCUGGGAAGGACACAGGACUUGUGUCUACCCCCCUUGAACAAAAGGCCCACAAAGCCAGCCUGGCCUCUCACGCUCUGCCCUCCGCCCUGAGCAUCCCCCACACGGCCAUUCUGGUGACAGGAGCUCAGCUCUGCGGGCCGGCCGUCAACCUGAACCAGAUCAAGGAUAUGGCAUGCAAGUCUCUCUUGGGCUUGUCUGAGGAAAAGAAGCACGUGGAUCUGCCCACUGUGGAGAGCCUGUCCCGAGCUCCCAGCGACCCCAGGACAACCAGUGGGAAGACCAAGCCUCCACAUGAACAUUCCAGCAGUGGGGCAGCAAUAGCCGAAUGGGCUUCCAUCCGGUCCAGAAUCCUGAAGAACACCGAGGGUGACCAUCGGGCUGAGAGAGACCAGAAGCUGGGUGAUGAGGUCAUUCCCAGGGGUCGAUGUGAUUCCCGAGGAAACCUCCGGAAGACCCCGCCAGUCAAUGCAAAGUUCUCUAUUAUGCCCGCCUGGCAGAAAUUCUCUGAUGGUGGCAUGGAGACCUCCAGACAGAACGUAGAGGCAGAAAGUAUCCGAAAAAGAUCUGGGCCAGGACCCAAUGAAGACACAGAAUCCCCACCUCCGGCCUCUGGUCCUCAGGAGCCCCGAAAGAGUCCAGAGAAACUGGGGAUGCACCAGGAACCAACGGACACCACCGAGGGAUGCAAAUUUGCCAAAGAUCUUCCAUCCUUCCUUGUUCCAUCCCUUCCAUCCCCUCCACAGAAAGCAGUGACCCACCCAGUGCCCGUGAGCACUUCAGAAAGUGAGACCACAAGUGGGAGCAGGAAGCCAGACCACCAGGUAUCAGGUGGGGAGGAAAAAGCCUCACCUUUUGGAAUAAAGUUAAGGAGGACCAACUAUUCCUUACGCUUCCACUGUGAUCAACAAACGGAACAAAAGAAGAAGAAAAGGCACAGUAGCACAGGGGACAAUACUGAAGGGGGCCAGCUUGCUCCUGAUAGCACAAGUGGAGAGACAGGGAAAGAGUGUGUGGCCCUCAAGCCUGGUCCACCCCUCAACCGAGAGAGGAAGCAGGCCCCAACCACCCGGAAGGACAGUGCAGAAACCCCUUCCAGCCACUUGCCUCCUGUGGCUCAGCCUGGGCCCAUGGCGCCCAACAGCCAGACCUCAGCUGCAGAUGAUGACAAGGUAGCAAAUAAAAUGCCUCUUGUGCAGAAACCAGCUCUGGCUCCCAAACCCACCAGCCAGACCCCACCAUCAUCCCCACUCUCCAAACUAAGCCGGCCCUACUUGGUAGAGCUUCUGGCCCGCCGAGCAACCAAGCCUGACCCAGAGCCCAGUGAGAGGGCCAAGGAGAGCCAGGAGACUAGUGACACGUGGUCACCCUCGCCAACGCCUCCCGAGGAAAAAAAGGCACAGAAGGAUGAAGAGGAAGAGGCAGCAGAGAGGAAACCCUCUUCUCCAGCUCUGCCCGAGGCUUGCCAAGAAAAGCCUUCCCAGACUCCCGAGGCUGGAAGGAAAGUGGAGAUCUCAGACUCGGCUCCCCCCGUGCCCUUGGUGAAAGAAGUCACGAAGAGGUUCUCCACGCCAGACGCUGCCCCUGUGUCAACAGAACCAGCCUGGCUGGCUUUGGCAAAAAGGAAAGCCAAGGCCUGGAGCGACUGUCCACAGAUCAUUAAGUAG